AUUUUAGACAACAGCUGAUAAGUAUCACUUUAACGAAUGACAUUAGAGUAGUAUGCGAAACGCACCGGAUGUUCGGUGACAGCGUCCUACAAGGACGACUGGCCAGCAGCCUGCGAGUGUGGCAGAUUACAUUUAUAACAUGUACAUGAGUGUUGCUCCAGGCCAGCGAGAGGUGGUGAGGCAUGCCAUCACUACUCUCGCAGUCCUGGUCGCUAUUGCUAUCUCAGUCGAUGCCAAACAACCAAGAAGACUCCAUCAUGGAGGGCUCCACCAGCUCUCGACUUAUCCAGCACCUGUACUGCGGGAGCAGCAGGGGGUCCGCCUGCGCAGCACUUCAAAGGCGCCAGACAAAGUAAUCCUGCCAGCCGAUACAAGUGGACAAUAUAACAUGGAAAGCAUAUCGAGCACACUGGUGGCGCGGCGCAAUACCCAAGGCUUGGCAAAGCAGAAUGCGUCAGGGACCUCCACGGACACAUUGGGCGCACAGCCUGAAGGAGGCGCUGCGCAGUCUGCUUUACUGGCAUUUCUCUUCCAGAAUUACGACAAGACAGCCGUGCCUAAUGACGCUGACGGGACUCCUGUAUUGGUGGACAUGAAUAUGGCACUUCAUAAAAUCUUGGCAAUCAAUCUGCAGGAGGGCACCAUGGACCUGAAUGUCUGGUUCCGGCUGCACUGGAAAGACCCGCGCCUGGCGUGGAAUGCAAGCGAGUGGGGCGUCCACAAGCUUUACGUGUUGAAUCAGGAGCUGCGGUACAUGGAUAUCUGGUGUCCGGACGUGACGCUGUGGAACAGCCCUUUUGACAUCGCCACGACACUGGGCGCACAGUCUCCAAUCAUCCGCCCGUCGGGCGACGUGAACUGGGGUCGUAAUGGCAUGAUCCGGGUGGCCUGCAACUUCAAGGGCCUUCGCGCCUUCCCCUUCGGCCCGGUGAAAUGUCUGAUGGAAUGGGGCACAUGGUCACACGGACCCCUCAGCGUGACCUUGACAGAGGCGCCACAGGGAGGUGCCACAAUCGCUGGCAACAGCCUGACUGACAUGCGCGGAGCCAAGGCAGUCGAAUGGAAGUUCGGCAGCGUGACCAGCUGGGUGCAUCGCUACCCGGCCUACCCUUGCUGCCCAGACGAGUCCAACUGGCCGGUAAUCUUGGUGGACGUCCUAUUGCUGCGAACGCAGACCCUGUUCGCUCUCAAAAUCGUGGUGCCACAGGUGGUGCUGGCGCUGGUCUCCUUCAUGACCUUCUGGCUCAGUCCCGAAUGCGGCGAGCGGCUGGGCGUGGCCGUCACCAUCCCCCUGGCGCUGGCCGUAUACGAUCUGCUGGUGUACAGCACGCUGCCGGCGUCAGACGACAUCAGCUGCAUUGGCGCCAUCGGCUUGUUAGGUUUCCUGUUUUCAGUAGUGACACUGGUCAUCAACGGCGCAGUCAUACAGCUGUAUCAUUACCGAGAACCGCGAUGGAUAAUGGGCAGCGGCACCAUAUGGGCCAUCUGGCUGCGCUUUCGGCAGCAACGGGUGUGGGGGGCGCUGUUGGAGGUAUUGGACAAACUGGAGACAGAGCUGAUCAAACAGCACCUCAAGGACAGCAAGGUGGCGAAGAGGGAGCGCCACGCUGCGGCACCGCGAGCCCACCGGCAGAGCUUCAUGUACGACUGGGUGUCGUUCAAGCAACAGCCGCAGCAGCAGCCGCACCCUGAAGAUGACGAUGCUAAGCCUCUGUCCACGUCUCGGGCGGCCGAGCACGCCUCGUCCGUACUGCCCGAUGGUGUGGCCGCCAUGCGGCGGGCCUCCCUGACCGGCCCCAGCCGCGGCCGCCGCCUGUCGCGCAUCAACAUCAGCCUGCUGCCGCCAGCCAGCUCCCUCCCCGUUGAGCGGUUCACGAGCCCGGCGCGCUUGCCGUCCAUCACCGGUCCCAGCCGCAUUCCGCUGCAGCUGGCACAGCGCACGUCACCCAGCGGCGGUGGCAUGGUGGCAAGCGCAUUCGCCACCGCGGCGGGCGCUGCCACGCUUGCUAGCAGCUCCCUGCAGCGCUCUCCCACCCAAGAAACUGCCGAUGGAGAGCGGGGUGCGCGCCCUGAUUCCGCCCGGCAGCAGCAGGGCGCCCCCAAGUCCAGUCUUCGGGGCACGGUCUCGAGCCUCAAACAGCUGGGGAUAGCGGCCCUGGCGACCACCACCCUGGCCGCAAGCGCUGCUGCCACCCGCAAUAAUGGCGACCGGUCGCAUCGGAUGCCGCGUGCGAGCUUUGCCGGUCCGGAUUCGGACGCAGGCGCAUCACCGUCGCCGCCGGGAGACAGGGGUGAUGAGGCGGCAGCCUCGAUGGACGCAGCUGCACAGCAGCGGCGGAAGUCAGGGCGCCUCCGUUGGGCGGGCGAGGAAUUCACCGACCCUGGUAAGCCAGGGUCUCAGCAGCAGCCGAUGAUGCAUAGGGAUGGCCGCCCCAGCGCGCGGCAGCUUCGGCCGGCGCUGUCCUCGGCGUCGGUCACGGGACGCCGGCUGCAAGCGCGUGUGUCCUUCAGCGGUGUGGUACACAGCGGGGAGCAGGACGAAAGCAGGCAAGAACGGCCUCGGUGGGAGCAGGACGCAGGAGAAGAAGACGGGCAGGGCGGCAAGGCAGGGCAAGCCGCGGACUCAUACGCGUAUAACAGCAGCGAUGCCGUGGAGCUGGGAGGACUGUCGCUCAGCCGGCGGCCGGGCGAGAGCGGGCCAGUGCUGUCAGCCGCCGCGACGCCGCCGCCCCGGCCUGGUGUUGUGGAGCUUGCGCCCGCCAUUGAUGCCGAUGAAUUCGACUUGAAUGAUUUCGACUUUGAGACGGGGGUGCGGCUGUCUGAUCUGCGCACCAGCAACCCUGGCAGCGCAGCUCCGGUCGCUCCAAGUCCCACCGCGGCUGCAUCACCGCCGCCGCUGUCGCCCGCAAGCAGCCUGACGCACACGGCUAAUGCUUCGGCAGCAGUGCCCUUCGACGGACGCUUCGAGGUUACCACGCCUACACGCGGCGGCGCUGCAGCCCUUCCGCAGGGCACCCCAUACGGCAGUGGCGGCGGCGCGAGGCCGGGUGCGCCCACGCAAGCAGCGGGCUUACAGCCGCACAUCUUUGAGCGGUUUUCCUCGGGGCUCUCGUCCAGCGCAUCCGGCACGGUGGCAGGAGCACGCCCGCAGCAAGCAGCAGCACCAACGGCUGCGUUGCUUUCCACGGGUUCAGGGCGCCUGCAAGCAAACACGCCGGGUCUGUCGCCUCAGAGCGUUACAGCUGCGGCCCCAGCCGCGCUGCAGCAGCAGGCCAGCAGCGCCACGGCCCAGCCCUUUUCAAGCCAGCCUGGAUCAGCUGCGCUCCCUGGGUUCAUGCCGAAGAGUAGCCCUGCGUCAUCGCAGGCAGGUAGCCACCACCUGCUUGCAACCGACACAGCCGCACAGCCGAUGCUGGUGCCGUAUGCACACCAGCGCGCCAACUCCAGUGCUGCUGGGUCCUGGCACCCGGCCGUUGUGGGCGGUCACAGCUCUGGCGGGCGCUCGCCCGUGGCUAUCAGCAGCGAGCUCGCGUCCGGGCUGCUGCCGCCGCUUCCACCCAUGCUGCAGCAUCAUCAUCAGCAGCAGCAGUACCAACAGCAGCAGCAGCAGCAGGCUUCGCCGGAGUACGUGAGCCACAUGGUCCCGCAGACAGUGGCUGCGGCUGCUGCCUACAUGCGCACUCCCAGCUCAUCAGUGUCGGACCUGGGCGGGCCCAUGCAGCGCGCGUCAACGUUCAGCGCCGGCGCCGACGGCGCCAGCAGGUUCGUCAGUGGCGGCUGUGGUACGGCAGGGCUGAGGUCCUUCGCGGCGGCUGGCCACCGCGGCAGCGCCACUGCGGCUCCGGCCGGCUUCGGCAGCCGCAUCAGCGGCAGCGGGUUCCCCAGCGGCAGCGGCAGCAUGGGCGGCGACGUGGGCAGCCAGGCGCAGCAGCAGUCUAGCUCCGCCGUACUGCUGGCCAAGUCGAACAGUGGUCUGCAAGGCGGUGAUUCGCACAUUGAGUGGGCCAUCCGCAUGUCGGACAUGGAGGACGAGGACCCCAGCGCCAGCAGCGCCGCGGCGGCGCAGUCAGCGCUGGCGGCCACACCGGCCGGCGCGAUGUCGCCUGUCGCUGCCGCCGCCGUGAGCAGUGUUGGGAGCGGGCAGAAGCGCGGCAAUGCAAGCCCGUCGAUGCGCACUGCUGCUGGCCACCGUGGCCGCUAUCAAGGCCAGCCGGUCAACGGGCAUGACGAAGAGCUCGAGGCAACCGCAGCAGCAGUUCGGAGUGCCGGUUGGGAAGGACUUGCGGAAGAUGCAGCAGGCUCUGCGCCCGCGGACAGCCAAGGUGCCGAGCCGUACGGAGUUCACCACGCGGCGAGGAAAGAUGUUGCAGGGGCAGCUGGCGCCGGCAGGCCGGGCGGUCGUCAAGGCGGUGCAGAGCAGCCGGAACAGCCUCUGCAGCAGCCGCGGCCGCCGGCACCGGCAGGUGGCCGUGCCCGGGAGCGGCGCAGUGGCUACAUGCCUACAGCUGGCGAUGGCGGUGGUGGCGGUGGUUUUUAUCCCGUGAUGCCGCCACCGCCGGCGGCGCCACGCCCGCCGGCCCCACCCCCCUUCCCACCACCGCUUGUAUCGCCUGCCAUUGUCAUUGGCGCGCAGCCGGCACCACUGCCCAACGCAGCCAUCUUUCGCAGCUUGCCGCCGCCACCGCCGCUGCUGCCGCCUCCACCAGGCGCGCCGCUUCCCCCACCCGUGGCUCCGCCGCCGCUGCCACUGCAGUCCUCCGGCUCCGAAGCGCUGCGGUCAGAGCCCGCUCGUUGGGACGUGCCGGGCACGGCCGCAGCCGCAACCAUCCCGCCCAGCGAUUCCGAAGCUGCCCGCAGCCCUGCCUCCAACCUCUCGCCGUCUUCCGCGGACGCUCAACAAGGUACAGCUUCUAACGCGCCGACGCGCGUGCCCAGCAGCCGCACGGCAUCCCUGCCCUUGUCCGUGCCGCCGUCGCUCCAGCCACGCCACAGUCGCAACGGCCGUGUCACCUUUGCUGCGACGGAGUCACAGCGCUCGCUGUCGCCCAGCCGCGCCAGCAACACCAGCAUCGGUGCCGGCCCCGCAGCAUCCCCGCCGGUGCCAGACAGCACAAGCGGUGCCGGCGUGGCGUCACAGGUGGUGGCGGCACGCAACAUCACCGCGCGCGGCGCUGCGCAGCUCUCCUCGUCACGAUUGCGGUGGGCCGUAAGCCCGUUUUCAUCGCUCAACACGGUCGCGGACAGCGCCGCAGCCGCUGACAUGCCUGGGCACGACACCUGGGGUAACCCGGACGGCGACGGGCGGCCUGGCCCAUGGCCUGGCCUGCAGUCGGACGGGCUGCUGUCGCCGGAAGAUCCCAGUCCGCUUCCGGAGCCGCCCGGGGACCUGAGACUUACGGGGCCGCCGGAUGCUGCCAGGCGGCUGCAGCCACCGACCCAGCAGGGCUCAGGCGCUGAGCGCGGGCCAAGCGCCGGGGCCGUUGAGGCCGAUGACGCGCUGGGCAGCGAGGCUGGGCCACUGGCUGGGCGCGUUCGCCGCCUUUAUACUGGCGAGCCGGCUGCCUCCGCGCGGAGCACCACAGAGCCGCACCCGCCACCACCCGAGCGCACAAGCGACAAGUCUGAAGCGCGCAGCAGCGGUGGCCGAGGCCGCGACAGCGGCAGUGCCAGGGGCGCCGCGCGCCGGGACCGCCGCGACAGCCUCGAGCGGCUGGGCGUGGGCGAUGUCAAUGCCUUCACGGGCAUGCGGCUAAGUGUGCAAGAGGUGGACGAGGAGACGGCCCGGUUCGUGCAGGCGGUGGAGCAGGCGCGGGCGGCGGCGGCCAGCCAGGACGGCGGCGGGCGGGGCCCCAGCGGCGGCGCGCGGGGCGAUUGCGCGAACCUCCAGGAGUGCGGCUCUGACCCGCUCGCACACCAGCCCACGGGAUGGGGCGAGCUGGCGGCGGCUGGCGCUGGCGCUCGCGAGGGCAAUGCAUAUUGCGACGAGCCGGACGCCGGCGGCGGCGGCGCGCGCGGCCAGGGCACGGGCGCCGAGAUGUGCGGUGCGGAGGGCACCGAGUAUGGCGACGAGCAAGAGCAGGAGCAGGAGCAGGAGCUGACGCUGGAUGCGGUGUUGCAUGUGGAGACGCCCGAGGUCCUUGAGAUGUACCUGCAGAUGAUUUUGGUCAACCCGAGCCAUGAGCUGAUGGCCAUCCGAGAGCGCGUGGCCAAUGCCGUCAACGUGUUUGGAAUGGAGGACCUUGUGCUGCGGCUGUUUCCUAUCGUGGGGCGCCCAGAAGCGGCUCCCAUGGGCUACGGAGCUGCAGAAGGCGGCGGUGGUGGUGCCACCAGCCGUCGCGCAAGCUUUGUACAUGGUGGAGGCAACAGCUUCAGACAGAGCACGUACGGCGGACAGGGCGCUACGUCAGGCACAGCCAGGCGCCGCCGCGGGAUUGUGCGCGGCGCCGGGCGGCGGGUGCACCACCAGGUGGGCGCCAAGGCAGAGUUUCACACGAAGAUUGGCGAUGAAUACAACGCCAAGUGGCGGCUGCUGAGCUCCUUUAUUGACGCAGUCAGCAGAUAUGUUAUGCCGCUUUUUUACUUGGUCGGCUUUUUGUUCAUUAUGUGGCAAAAGGUGUGGGCAAACGACGAGCUAAGCGAUGGGCCCAGUCCCGAGGCAUCCGCGUUGGGAGAGCAGUAAGAACGCACGUCAAGGGCCUCUUUCCGCUAAAACCUGGCGUCCGGCCGGCGCGGGUGCAUGCAGCGUGCAGUGUGGCGCUUAGUACCGUAUGUAUUGUAUGGUGCAUUAUAGCUCCUGGAGAGCAGUUAUGCAUUGCCGGCAAGCGCUGUAUGGCCCGCGGUACAUAGCCUUCGGCUCUUCGCCUGCAAUCUUCAGGCCCUUGUGCCUUUGCAAGCUGCCGUGGUUCGUCAGGGUGCAAGGUGCAAGGAGCGGUCAAGUUUGCUUGCCUCAUGGCCGCUGUGUGACGCGUGUUGUUGAUUUCGUCAACCCAGUGUACACAGCUGUGAGCUGUGCUUUCUAUGACGUGCUGCCGGUUUCGAAGCCGCUCGCAAUGUUUGAUAUUCGGCGGUCUGCUUGGGCUUUACGCAAUUUACAGGGGUAUUCAUUGUUCGUGUGUCGGGGCAGCGUGUGCGCAGCGGCCGGCACUGGACGCCACAUUACUGCUGUGUUGCCUCCUGGAACACACAUUUACUUCGGCGAACGCCCGCUGCGUGAAUGAUCUGCCGCAUUUGCUACAGAAGGCGCCAGCAGCAGCUGCGGGUUGCAACAUUGUUGUGGAGUGCUACGGAAAUAACCGGCACGCAUGUACAUUGGUAGCACUGGAUGUUGGGGCAUUCACUUUCGCUGGUAGCUCCGGUACGUCGGACGGGGGCACAUGAAAGCAAUAGGAUUUGUUGGGCUUUUGGCGCCGGGUGCAUACUGCAUACAGGGAUUCCCCUGGGUGCAUAUGUCAGCAGGCAUCUGCCGCUAUGUGUCGCACAGUACCGUUUACGGGCUCAUUUUGCGACUGUGUACUUCGUCAUUGGUGCCGUUACGCACCAUGCGGCAGGGCCGCACCAACCAGGGGACAGCUGCCGUGCCUGUUGGUACCCGUGGCCCUGGACCCUUUGCUGUAAUUCUGAUAGAAGGCUGCUGCUACGCUGCAUCAGAGCGUGGGGCUCGGUUUGGCAGAGUCUAAGCUUGAGUCUUAGUAAGGUAGGUACAGUCAGGCCUGGUAUGGUGGUACGGCACAUGAGU